AUCUGUUGAUCCAAUAUCACAUAUGAGCUAAUGAUGGAUGCAGAAAGAGUUUGUUACUCUUGUACUGAAGUGAAAUCCUAAAGAAGUCACUAUAACCAUUAGGACGCCAAAGCAAGGAUGAAUCUUGCCUGCAAUAUCAAAUAUAAUGAAAACAAACUUAAGACCGACCUGGUUGGGUUUGGUUGGCUCCUUCGGUUCGCUGUAAUAAUGUGCAAUACCAGGUCUAGGGUUUAGGGUUUAGGGUUUAAGGGUUUAGGGUGUAAGGUUUAGGGCUGGGGGAGUUGACAGAGACAGGUCGGGUCUUCUCAGAAAACCAAUCACGUCUCACAUACAAGCCAAAAAUAUAUAUCUUAGUACAUAAUAUUAUACUUCGAAUUACGGAAUUCUCUUCGAACAAAAUUGGUUGAAAUUGUAUUACUGACCACCGCCAAGGGUUUAGGGUUUAAAAUUUAGGGAGGGAUAACCCUAACUCCAACUGCAACUACUGCUUCUAAAUUCCAUCGACUCCGAUUCCGAUGGUAUUAUGUUCCCUCCCUAAUUAUUAUGAUAUAUACCAUUCACUCGUUCAUUUCAUUUAAUAUGGCAGCCCUUUCCUUUAUUUUAAGAAUCAAGGGGAGAUGAAGGAGUAAGGGAGAAGUAAUGCUACCUAGGACUAAUAAACUUCUGGUUUGAUACAUUGCCUGCCUACCUUCCAUUCCACUACUUCAUAUUAAUACCGACAUUUAAUUCUCUUUUCUUCCUAUUUACUAUUUUCUACUUUCCCUCCAAAUUUAUUCUAUCCUUCUUAACUUCAUAUUACAUAUAUAUGUAUAUAUAUGUGUAUAUAUAUAUAUAUAUACGGGGUCCAGACCAAGCUAAGCUAGGGUACAUCCAUCCUCUUAUAAGUUAUACUUGUUUGAAUAUGCAUACAAGAAGUAGGAAAAACGUGAGAGUGGAAGAAUUGUCGUUGCCUUUGGGAGAAUGUAUGUCCACUUUUAACCUAGAGAAAGCAGUAUGCAACCAUGGCUUCUUCAUGAUGGCUCCAAACCGAUGGAUUCCGUCCUCAAAAACACUCGAACGCCCGCUAAGACUUGCAGACUCUGCCACAUGCAUCACCGUUUCAAUCCAACAUCCCCCCAACCACACCUCUCUCCUUAUUCAAGUCUAUGAUCACAUUCAUAACCUCUCAUUUGCAGAUAAGGAUGCUAUACUGCAACAAGUGCGUCGAAUGCUAAGGAUAUCGGAGAAAGAUGAAAGGGCCGUAAGGGAGUAUCACGAAGUGCAUCCGGAAGCGAAGGAGAAGGGCUAUGGUCGAGUUUUCCGGUCCCCUACUCUUUUUGAAGACCUUGUCAAGUGUAUUCUCCUCUGUAACACCAAGUGGUCAAAUACAUUACAAAUGGCUCGAUCCCUUUGUGAGCUUCACUCUCAAGUAUGCAAUAACAAUAAUGCUCCGGCAAAGCAAAAGCAGCCAAUCAACCUAAAGAGAAAGCGAGAAAUGUUAACUAACACGUGGUCGGCAUGCAAACUUAACCAUCAAUUCAGUGACGAUGGAUCUUCAUUUGGGAACUUUCCAAGCGCACAAGAACUUGCAGAACUUGAUCUGGAUACUUUACAAAACUGCAGUACUAGCGUUCUUGGCUACAGAGCGAACACCAUUCUGAAACUUGCCAAGAUCAUGCGACUUGAUGCUGAACUGGGGUUUCAAGAAUCCCUUGACAUUGGCGUCGACAACUUGUUUCAGAAGUUAAAGGAAAUCAAAGGGUUUGGUUCGUUUUCAUGCGCCAAUGUACUCAUGUGCAUGGGAUAUUAUCAUAAAGUGCCAACAGAUACUGAAACUAUAAGGCACCUACAGCAGGUUCAUGGGAGGAAGGAUUGUGACAAAACAAGCGCCGGAAAAGAUGUGGAAGAAAUUUAUGGCAAGUAUGCACCGUUCCAGUGCCUGGCAUAUUUGUCGGAGCUUUUGGAUUCAUACGAAGGCAAAUUUGGGAAGCUGAGUGAAUUGCCUGCCUCUAGCUAUCAUAUAAUCAGUGGCAGGCUUGAGAGAAAGGGGGAACAGAAGACCAUGAUGAAUUAAUGAUUAUUUCUCAUAUGAAUGUCUAGUUCAAUAAUAAUCUUUCAGUGUUGUUGAAUUAUGAUACUCACAGAAAUUCAUGAAACGACGUUUUAUUCAUCUUCUUGGUUUUUA